AUGGCAAAAUUAAAUUAUGUUGAAUGGUUUAAUGCUCAAAAACAUAAUGUCACGGAUGCAAAUUUAAACUGGCCGACUGCACUACUCGUGGAGCAAUGGACAGCACCUGAUUUCCCUUUCGUCAAAGUUAAUGUCGAUGGUGCACUUUUCUCUGUCCAAGGGCGGUAUGGACUGGGUUUGAUUGCAAGGUCUGCUGCGGGCAUGGUUUUGGGGGCCAGAAUUUUAUCUAGAGAAGGUUCUUUGCAACCUCAUAUUGUUCAAGCCAUUGGUAUCAAGGAAGCUCUUUCUUGGAGUAAAGCGAAUGGAUGGUCAGAUGUUGUAGUUAAGACGGAUUGUUUAAGGCGGUCUGCUAAUAAGGUUGCGCAUGCCUUGGCGCGAUCUUCUCUUUCUGAGGCUGACCGUAUUUUUAGUAUGAACUCCCUGCCUUUUGUAAUUGCAUCCUUGAUUUUGGAUGAUUUAGUUUAG